GCUACCUGUUGUCUUGGAUUGUGGACUCGAUUGGCUUUACAAUCUAUACCAUCAGGUAGUGCUCAACUGCUCUUUUUGUGAUUUGUCCCUCCAGGAAGUGUGGAAAGUUUUAGCCGAAGUCGAUGCACAGAACGACUUCCUCUUGCGAGCAGCUUCAAUCCUCUAUCCCACCGAAUCUCAAAGUCGACAUCGAGAUCUCCACUUACCACUUUUGUGGUUGAUGGAUUUCCUCUGUGGGAACAGUGAGCCACUCAUGUGGCGUCUCUCAAGCAAGGACGGCGAGUAUCAAGCUAUAUGCGGUAGCGAUGGCCCACAACAGUUCCAGGGGGAUAUGAAGAUAGGAAUUCCUGUAGCACUCGCCGACACUAGAUACAGUUUCGUCGACCGCGUUUGGAUUAUGCAGCCCUGCCAGAGGGGAAUGGUGGUGAGGGAGAAAUUCAUGGGUCUGGGAUUUGGAGAUAUUGACGGAGAGGAAGUGUCAUCGCCUUAUUUUCGCGACAUGAAGCAGGUGGCCAUCGUCGGUCCCGUCGAGGAGACUAAGAAUGCGGCGAGUGGAGAUGAUGCGAUGAUCGAGUCGGCUACAAACAAGAUGCGGGAACUUGGAUUGUCUGGUGACAAGGAAAAGGAUGCUUCUGAGUCGGACUCUAACGACGAAAGUCCUUUGCAUGUGACUGGUUUGGAGAUGAAUUUCAUCUGGGAUGAGGAUGAUGAAUAA